AUGCAAACGGGCUGCUGCGGGUGCAUUCUAAAGAAGGAGGCAAUGUUGUCGUCUGUGAGGUCUGGGCUGCUGCUCAGCAGUAGCCGUGCGUUCUCCAAGUGCAGCAGGACGUUGGUUGCACAGCAAGACUUGGGCUUGCUAGGCUCCGCGCCGAAGAACGAUCAGGUGAAGAAGGUGCCACCGGAAAUGAUGAAGAAGUUCGCCACAGGAAGCCUGUACGAUCCCUUUGACUUCUCGAUGGCGCGGUUGCACUUGGAAAAGAAGCACCGCAAGAACGCGCGCAAGGUGGACAUAUUUGAGGAACUGAACCUGGACCCUCUGGAUUUGUACACGAGCCCGGCCAUCCUGUCGCGAUUUGUGGGGAACACCGGCAAGAUCCUGCACCGGGAUGUGACAGGCUUGUCCGUACGGAGCCAGAAGCGCAUGUCGCGGGCCGUGCGCAGGUGCCAGGCGAUCGGGCUGAUGUCCAAGACGCACAAGGAUGUGUCGCUACUGUCGCACAGCGUGAUGUCGGAGAGGUAA